GUGCUCUGCUGGCUCCUCUCCGCCAUCAACAUGGAGUUUUUAAUGGGGAACCCGUUCAGCACGCCGGUGGGACAGCGGAUCGAGCGUGCGACCAGCUCCAGUCUGCCAUCAGAGGACUGGGCCCUCAACAUGGAAGUCUGCGACAUGAUCAACAGCUCAGAGGAAGGACCCAAAGAUGCAGUCAGAGCCAUCAGGAAGAGGAUUGCGGGGAACAAGAACUUCAAGGAGGUUAUGCUGGCACUGACUGUCCUGGAGACGUGCGUGAAGAACUGUGGCUACAGGUUUCACAUCGUGGUGACAACACGGGAAUUUAUAGAAGGGGUUCUAGUGCAGUCCAUCAUCCCGAGGAACAACCCCCCAAUGGUCCUGCAUGACAGGGUGCUCAGCAUCAUACAGGCGUGGGCCGAUGCAUUCCGCAGCUCGCCCGACCUGACGGGGGUUGUGGCGGUGUAUGAGGACCUGCGAAGGAAAGGACUGGAGUUCCCCAUGACAGAACUGCACGGUUACUCACCUGUGCAAGCCCCAAAAAAGACUGUGCCAGGGAAUGGCCCUGCUGUCACCACUCUACCUGCUGUACGCCUUCCUUCCAAACCUCCUCUCAUCUCACCCCAGACCUCUGAGCUAAAACUGGCCCUAGAGGGAACCGGUGCCUUGACUCCCAGCCAGGUGAAAAUGCUGAAGACAGAGCUGGGCGUGGUGCGAAGCAACCUGACCGUGAUGUCAGACAUGAUGACUCAGCUGGAUCCUGCCACGGUAAAACAAGCAGACUUGGAGCUGUUGGAGCAGUUAUACACAGUUUGUAAGGAAAUGCAGGGCAGGAUAGUGAGGAUCGUCCCCAGACUCAGUGAGGAGAAGCUGAUCGAGGAACUACUGGCCGCAAACGAUGAGAUGAACACCACCUUCACUCGCUACCACAGGUUUGAGAGACAAGUAACCAGUGGUCCCAAUGCAGCACAGAAGAGCCACAGAUACGUCAACCUACCAGACCUCGAUCUCACAGCUGAGUCUCUCGGCCCAUCAGCUGCCAGUGACGGCUCACUCAGCCAAUCAAAAGCUGACGCUUUGUCCAGUCAGUUGGCAAAACUCAGUACAAGUGAACCAGAUGACGCUUUAUCACAGAAAAUAAACAUCUCAUCUCAACAAAGGCCAAGCGGGCACAGUGACGUGGACGUCCUGGCUGGAGCGCGGGACAGCAGACCCAACAGCACUGGAACGGACGCCAGUGCUGCCUCCACCCGCAGCUCCUCACCACAGUUAGACUGGAUGAUUAAAAGGGGAAUGAUUCCUGUCACCCAGUCGAACGUGAUGGAUGAUAUUGAGAAGUGGCUGGCGCUGGAUGAUGACUAUGACGACUUCGAGGACUCGGAGGGUGUGACCAGCAAAGAGUUUGACAGGUUCUUGGCAGAAAGAGCGAAAGCAGCUGAGCGGCUGCCAUCACUGAGCGCUUCCUCGCAGGACGCCAACCACUCCGCAUCUUAAAGCUAUGCUAAACCAACCGAGCUAACAUGAAGCUCUGGAGAUUUCUGUUUGAUGACUGGCUGAGCGGCACGUCUGACAGGGAACUACAGCCCAUACUUGAGGAAGGACGUCAUGCCUGUGCUGCUGUGUACUGCGAGGCAAAUUUGUUUAUCUGAUGUUGUUUGAUGAAGGUCAGAAGUUUUUACAGGACAUUGUUUUAUGAGGGUUUGUCUGUGUGUUGCAAACAUUUGCACAUUUUCUAUU